CCAGAGUUGUCAUUGUUGUUGUCGUGGCUGACAACAGUUCUAUUCAUCAAUGGUUUUUUUUUUGUUUUUUAUUUUUUUGUUUUCUAUAAUUCAUUCCAUCAUUAUUAUCGAUUAAUUAAUUUAACAAAGCAUAAUGGACUGAUAAUAUAAUCAACAUAAUUCUCAAUUAAUCAGUAUUGAUAAUCAACGAACGAACGAACGAAAAAAAAAAAUGUCAACCAAAAAUAAAUUAACAAAUGACAAUGAUAUUAUUGGCAAUGAUGAAAUUCCAUUAGCCGAUGGUGAUGAUACCAUUGAGGUAACCGAUAUGGAUAUGAUGAAAUUAAAUUUAGCCAAUAUAACUGGAAAAGAAAAAUUGGAACAACUUCAACAACAACAACAACAACAACAACGAAGAAGAAAUUCUGAUGUAACAAAUCUGGCAAGACCUGAAUCACCAUCUGGUACAAUACGUAUUCAUCAUCAACAACAACCAAAUUCAUUGGAUAUAAAUCAUGAAUUAAAUCCAGAUGAAAUGGAAGAAAAAGAACGUAUGAUACAACAAGUAUUGGAAUUACAAAACACAUUGGAUGAUUUAUCACUACGUGCUGAAAGUGUUAAAGAAGAAAAUUUAAAAUUAAAAUCUGAAAAUCAAGUUCUAGGACAAUAUAUUGAAAAUUUAGUUUCAGCAUCAUCGGUAUUUCAAUCAACAUCACCGAAACAACGUUCUGGUGGUAAAAAUAACAACAAUAACAAUAACAAUUUAUCAAUGAAAACCUGAAAUGUAAAUGAAAAACAACAACAACAACUACAACAACAAAUAAAUAAAUUUCAGUUCAAAUCAACAAAUAUUCAAGAAUCCAUUCGGAGAAUUUAUUUGAUAUUUAAAUUGCAUAAUUUUUGUCGCUGUAAAACGAAAACGAAACAUGAAAAUAAAAAAAUCUUUUCCAAUCGA